AUGCAUUCGUGCACCGCCAUAUUCGGGGUGGCCACCCUCGCUGGGAUCCUGUUCGGGCUGCACGAGCUGUACCCUCUUGAGGACCACGCGACGUGGUACUACGACCAGAUCCACUUCAUCGGCCUCUUCACGCUGGCCUUCCUGGACGGGUCCAGGCUGAGGAAGGGGCACGGCCUCGAGCUGCCGCAGGGGCAGGGCCUGACGGGCAAGGUCGCGGUUAUCACAGGCAGCACCAAGGGCAUCGGCUUCCAGGCCGCAAGGCGCUUCCACUCGCACGGGGCGCACGUGGUCCUCAGCGGCCGCAAGAGGAUGGACGUGGACUCGGCAGCCGCGUACGUGCGCUCGUACAGCGAGGCAGCGGGGCGAGCCUUUGGGGGCACGGUGGCGGAUCCCGCUCGACCUCGCCGAUUUCAAGUCGGUGCGCGCCUUCGCGGAAGAGGUGUUGAGCGAAUUCCCUGUAGUCGAUGGCGGACCUUCUGUUUAACGCUGCGUUCACGACAGAGAUCGGCCACAGCUCCACCGACACGAAGUACUGGAUGUCGGCCAGCGGGCACAGCCGAAUCAUGGCCGCGAACCAUCUGGGCCACUUCCUUCUGA